AUUCCGGUCCCCCCAAACCCUCCCCACAGGAUGUCUCAGGCCCGGGGAGAUGCUGACUUGCAGAGACAAGGGGAUCAUCAGAGACCAGCCUCCUGCAAAGCGGCUGGGAAAAGGGCAGGUUGGCAAAGGCGGGGAUCCCCAGUCCCGGGGAAGCCACAAAGAAGCUGCACCCCGACAAAGAUGGACCUCGCGUGGGGCCGACGGAGAGCGCCGGCUGCCGUUCCGGGGGCGACCGUGGGCUCGGGGUGGGGGGGGGGCCGGAGGCGGGGCGUGGGCCAGCCGGCGGCGGACAGCGGGACCCGGGGCCCCCCAGGCACCCCCCCGCCCCACGGCCCCUCCCCACGCGGGCUCCCCGGCACCUGAGCGGGGCGUGGGGACAGCGCCGCGCUCCGGCCCUGCCCGCGCCAGGUGGCUCGGCCGCGCGCCCGCCGCCUGCGGCCACCAGGAGCGCCGAGAGGAGCGGCAGCCUCAACCCACGGCGUCAUGCUUCCUGCCACCACAGUACGGCGAAUCGUCACCGGGAGAGGGGAGCAGCGGGGAGGGCGGGGAGCACACACACACGCAGCCCCCCGCCCGCCGAACCCCGCGGGGACGGGGCCACGUCCCGGUGGAGUCCCCGCGGGACCUGCCCCGUUUGCACAAAGCGCCGCGAUCGGGCCAAGCCAGGGAGGGAGCCGGCCACGAAAUAAAUAAAUAA